UAAAUUUAUUGAUGUAGCAAGGUACUGCCUUAUAAGAUUUGUGAGGCAUUCAUCUAAAGUGCUUGGAAGACAUUUUGUGGUAUACAAUGUACAUAAUCUCAUCCAUUUAUGUGAAGAAUGCACAUUGAAUGACGAUGUUUUAGACAGCUUCAGUGCAUUCAAAUAUGAGACAUUUAUGGCAGUUAUCAAAGAUGCCCUUCGGUCUACCUACAAGCCCCUUCAGCAGCUUGCCAAUCGAGAUAAAGAAAGAAAGGGACAGAUGACCAACAUCAUAGAGAAUCCAUUGCUUGAUGAUGAAAUAAUUUUAUCUCACCAGCAUAGUCAUGAUAACGCUAAUUAUGAUCAGUACCAUGCUAUUACCUUUGGAGGUAAAAAGAGUACAACUUUAAGAGUAGAUGAAGCCAACUCCUGUUUCAAGACAACAAAAGGAGACAUUGUGAAGCUGAAAAAUAUCAUCCGAAACGCUCAAGGCCAAGUUGCUCUAAUUGGACAAAAAUUUUCUGUGGUUGGAGACGCUUUUAAUUUUCCAUGUCGUUCCUCUCUUUUGGGCAUCCAUGAACUCUCAUUAACAAAUACUACUUUGGUUCGAUGGAAAUUGUCAGAAUAUGCCUCAAAAUGUGUACUCCUGCCCCAUGGAGAUGGAUAUGUGUCUAUCCCUCUCCUUCAUACAAGUAUUCAGUUGUGACAUUCAUUCCGCAAGAGGAUGAUGAUUCAGAUGUAGAGGAGAGUGAGGCUGUUCCAUCUUCCUGGCUCUUGGAAGAAAAUACUCAAGUCUACUGGCCACCCAAGGAGAAGAAGGCAGCCAUUCCCCGACUAAUAAUGAGCCUUUCAAAGCCGGACAAGACUUGGGAUAAAUUCCCUGUAAGAUUCCGUCACAGUUAUGCCACUUACAACAAGGCUCGAACUGCAGCUCAGAGGCAGACAAACCAAGAUGAGACUGUAGGCUCUGCCUCAAGUGGUCUGAAUCAACCCCGCAAGAGGCGUAAACCUGGUAGAUUUUGUUCUGAACACUCUUCUGAUGAGGAGGUGCAACAGCCCCGCCCAUCAAAGAAACAGAAAAUGGGACGCAAGAAGGAAAAGAGAUGUGACACCCCGGGGGAUAGCAGUGAUCUUUCUGAUGAUGAAAAUAUAAUGAAGAAGGUUGAUGAAAUGAUUUCUAAAACAUCCUCAAAGCAGUCACAGAUUGCGGACAUAAUAAAUAAAGAAGUAAUUUUGGAGGAUGACAAAGGUGCUGACAGUACUCAUCAAUCUGGCAGUGUGUUGAAUCUGUCCAUUAGCCCCUCAACUGAGCCACCAGUUACAACAUCUAAUGCUGGUGGUGGUGUGCUCUCCUUUGUCAAAGGGCCCAUACCAAUAACAGCAAGCAGCAGCAACUCUGGUUCUGGCAAAGGGCCUUCUGUGACUUUUUUACGAGAUACAUCAAGCAGCAUUAAAACUGGAUCUGACAGAAGUAACCGCAACCUUACAAUAACAGAUAAAGAGUCUCCCUCCGUGAUUGUUCAACAGACAUCAAGCAGCAACAAAACUGUCUCUGUCAAAAGUGUCAGCACCCCUAUACAAGCAUCAUCACCAAAAGAUGCCAAUUUUGGAAGUAAUUUGUCUGAAAAUCAUGAACAUUCUUCUCGCAAAACCAAGUCUAAAAAUAAGACUGAAAUCAGGGCCAUGCAUGAGACUUUGGAGACUCUUGUGAAGGGUUUUGAAUUACUCACGGUCAACAUUCACAGGAUAAUGCAACAUGUUUUUCCUGAGGAAGACCUUGUUUCUUUGCCCUCCAAUAUGCCUAAAACUCCCUUGAAGAAUGAAUCAGCUUUUAACGAUCUGGAAAAGAUAGCUGCAAAUGAUACAGAGUUUACUAAGCUGAUGCUGUAUUACUAUGGGCGCCUUGAAGUAUCAACCCAUGCAUCAGAAGAGACAAAGGCUACCCGAUGGCUUCUUCAGACGCUUUUCACCAAUAAGCUUGCCCGAACAAUCAGCUGGGAAGGAACAAAAGAGACAAAAAUAGCUCUGAAGCCCACUAAAAUUUGCAAGCUGAUGCUUUGUAUUCUGAAGAAAACCUUCAGCAAAUCCAACCUGAUCAUGGCAACUGGCCAAAUUCAGCGUUGGUUCAACACUAGUUCUCAAAGAAAAGUUGAGAGCAGUAGUAGCGACAGCAGUGAUGAAGCAACAGAAUGACUGAUUCCUAAUUUUUGUUAGUUUUUAUUUUGCUUUAUUUGUA